GUUUAUUGAAUGCUUACAUACUGCAUAAAAAUGCUAAAUGGUACCCAUUAUGCCUUGUAUGACAAAAGCCACAUUUUUCACCAGAUACUGCUGUUGAGACCAUAGCCAAUGCUAUAGUUUGAAUUAAACAUAUUUUAAAAGCAAAGGAUAUUAAUAAAAUCAACCAAACUUAAACUUAAAAUGUUCAACAGUUCAUUGCAACCUGUGUUUGCCACAUCAGGGGGGGACUGACAGUGAGGAAAUGCCUUGAAGAUGAUUGGCUGCUAAGAGGAGGGAACAGUAUAUAGACCCUGAUAAAUAUGGAGUUUCAUGGUCUCCCCUGACAAAUCAUCAAUGACCAGGAACCUUUAGCAGACACACUCUAUUGCUCCCACCCACAGACAUUUUACAGAAGUCAAAAGUUCCUUUUUCAUUUUACAGUCAAACAGCGGGCCUUGUUAAUUUAAUUUUAUCUGACACAGCUGAAGGCCUCCGAGAGUAGCUAAGUUCUUAAGUGUUCACUAUACAAUAAGAGAGAGAGAGAGACAUUUUUUGGUCUUUGUUGAGUGAGAGGAAAUUUUGAAACAUUGUGCAAUGGUGCCGCAAAAGUUUUGAAAGGUUGUGAGAGAGUGUUUUGCCAGUAAAGCGUCUGAGACUUGGUCUACUGGAGAAGAGGUCUCCAUGUUGCAUCCAUACAGAAUGGAGAGCUACCUCAUCCCACCUCACUCAGAAGAAAUGUACGAUCCUGAGAUCUACAGACAUCCAAUUACAGAAUAUUAUAAUCCAUAUGUUUUAGAUGCUGAUAUCCAGGCAGAUCACUGGGACUACCACACUCACCCUCACAUACACCCUGUAGAGUUUGAAAACCUGCAGGAGGCCAACUUCACAGAGCUGCAGAGUGUGCAGGCUCUCCACCCGCCCGGCCUCAUACGACACGAGGCCAUACGAUAUGAACCCGAAAACCUGCUUGAUCCAAAUCUUGGGGCAAAUUCACAUGUGUUACAGCAACCAGUAGCGUUCUUCUCUCGACCUGUGUAUCAACCACACGUGUCCCAGCGCAGCUCUGAUGAUGAGGAGCACGAAGGACGAAGUCCCCCGCUGGAGGUGUCUGAUGAUGAGUGUCUGAGAGAGCGAGUCUCAUAUGUCACACCAGGAGAUCUGGGCAAUAAAAAGAAGAUCCGUUUGUACCAGUUCCUGUUGGACCUUUUAAGGAACGGCGAUAUGAAGGACAGUAUCUGGUGGGUUGACAGAGACAAAGGGACAUUCCAGUUUUCUUCCAAACACAAGGAGGCUCUUGCACACCGCUGGGGAAUCCAGAAGGGAAACCGCAAAAAAAUGACCUAUCAGAAGAUGGCCCGUGCCCUGCGCAACUACGGCAAAACUGGAGAGGUGAAAAAGAUAAAAAAGAAGCUGACGUACCAGUUCAGUGAUGAGGUUCUGGGGAAGAGUCAUCUGGAGAGAAAACCAUAUGUGUAGGAUAGACUGAAAUGUCAAGAUUUACUCGUGACAAGUGUUGACAUUGGAGUAGUUUGUGUAGUUUCUGGUGUUAGAUGCUUGAUCAACCUUGCUAAUCUGGUGUAUAGCAUUUUGUGAAUAGCUCCAUUAUUGCUGUAAAGUGGGAUCAGUCUUUUGAAGAUACUAGCCAAUGCAGCAUAAAAGCAUGGAACAAGAGACAAAAUCCCCAAAGACUCUAUGUAACAAGAUGUUGGAGACCAGCAUUUUCUUUUCUUCUUUGUCACCCUAAGUAGAAACAAAGCUCAGUUUGGUUUGUCUGUCUUAAUUCCUGGGAAAAAAAAUAUUUAGUAGCAGUGUGGAAACAAAGUCAGGACCAAAUAUGAAAAUGUACCUGUUAUUUGAAAAUGUGUACAGGAUUUGUGAAGUUGAAAAAGUGUUAUAAAUAUCUUCUGAAUUUUGUCCCUUUUGGCUCCCUCAGAUUUGAAAAAGCUCCCUUAGACAUAUAUACUAUACAUAUAUAUAUUAUGACAUAUGCAAAAUCUGCACUCUUUACCCAGCCAACCUACCAGGCAGCAAGCUACUUUGUAGUGCAGCAAUUUCGAAAUGGUGGCUAGAGUUGGAACUGCAAGGUAUUUGUUGCUAGGGUUCAGGAGGACAUGUGGAAUGCAAAACGAUUCAACAGCACCACAAACUAUAGUUUCAUCAAAAAUUGGUUAUAGCUGUCAUGCAAUUCUGUUUUAUUGCAGGGAUGUUGUAAUAGUUUUAGCUACGUGUACCUAAUAAACUGGCAGGUAUGAGGCUGAGGUAUUAGCUUUAAAUCAGAAAAACCACUACUGACCAACAUGAACAUACAAUGAUAGUGCUCAGUUUUAGAGCUCAGUAUUUUAACAAACGACACUGGUUUUCAAAUCUCUGUUCACAUGUCAAAAUCUGAUUUUGACAUGUGAACUUUUGACUCCAAUUCUGUCUGAAAAAUCAAUUGACAGUUAUGCGAAGAUUGAAACCACUCUCAUGUAGAUACAGCAAAUAUAAAGCUAUGGCAAGCAUGGGUUUAUCUUAGCAUUAAGACUGGAAGAAGGAGGCAAUAGAUAGAACAGUGACAUUACAUUUUGGCAUCAAAGAUACAAUUUUGAAUUUAAAGAAGAACCGGAAUUGAAAAAGGAAACAUUGGCAAAAAGUUGUAUUGGCACUGAAAAAAGUCUCACUGAAAAAGAAAAACGUAGAAAAAAUACCUAUUUUUCAGUGUGAUGUGUUUUUCAAUGACAAUCUUCAGAUUUUUUCUUCAUGUCACUCUUAUUUUCAGUGUCACUGGUUUUCAGGUUCAACUUUCUGUCUUAUUGACAUGCACGUUAUAUGACAGAAACUUCAGAGGACAGAUGAGAGGACAGCUGGUUCUGGAAAAGUGAAGUUCUCUCCUUAGUGUGCCGAUUAUAUGUAAAUCACACUGUUCUUGCCCCUCCCCUCAGACCCCUCCUCUCCACUCCAAAACAGUGACAGAAAGUUGAAACUGAAAACCAGUGACCACUCAUUAAAAAAUUGCCAAACAUAUUAAAAUUAAAUAAUUUUUAAUGCCUGUGUUUUAUUUUUACUUUUUUUAAUGCCAAACUUUUGUGUCACUGUUAUAGCCCCAUAGAGAAACAUCUAGCCUGGCUCGUCCCAAAGAUAACAAAUUCUGUCCAUCUGGCCUCCAAAGUUCACUAAUAAACACAUUAUAUCUCUUCUGUUUAAUCUGUACAAAAAUUGUCCUAGUGUGUUUGACUCUUCUUGUGUUGGACAUGCUUAAGUUCUCUUUAAACAGUAGGUAAGACUACUGUAUGUACAUAUUUCCGUUGCAAUUUAAUAUUUAAAAAAGUCAUUAUGAAGAUAAGACCAUUAAUGUGAUUAUUCACAUGACACAAAUGUUUUGUAUACGUACAUGACAUUGUUAUGAUUAAAAAUGACUUGUAAAAAAUAAAUUGUUCAUAAAUAUA